CAUUACGUCACUAGUCCGCUGGCCCCAGCUAAACCGCCUCAGACAGCUGAGGGUCUAAAAAAGAAAAGGAGGCGUUUCUUUUAUUUUUUUUUAUUGACCUCGUCCUUCCUCUUUCCUUCGUGUACAAUGGCGAAGACUUACGACUAUCUGUUCAAGUUGUUGCUCAUCGGCGACAGCGGGGUCGGCAAGACGUGUCUGCUGUUCCGAUUCAGCGAGGACUCCUUCAACACCACCUUCAUAUCCACCAUAGGAAUAGACUUUAAAAUCCGGACAAUAGAGUUGGAUGGAAAGAGAGUCAAACUUCAGAUUUGGGACACUGCGGGCCAGGAGAGGUUUCGAACCAUCACCACAGCUUACUACAGAGGAGCGAUGGGAAUCAUGCUCGUCUACGACAUCUCCAAUGAAAAGUCGUUUGAAAACAUUAAAAACUGGAUCAGAAAUAUAGAAGAGCACGCCUCAUCAGAUGUGGAGAAGAUGGUCCUGGGCAACAAAUGCGACAUGGCGGACAGGAGACAGGUGUCCAAAGACCGAGGAGAGAAGCUGGCCAUCGACUACGGGGUAAAGUUCUUGGAGACCAGUGCCAAGACCAGUCUUAACGUGGAGGAGGCCUUUUACAGCAUGGGAAGAGACAUCCUGCACAAUCUCAGCUCUAAGACAACGGACAACACGGGCGGCGCGUCAGGCAGAGCCAUCAAGAUCACGGAGAAAAAGUCUAAGAGGAUGAAGUUGUUGAAGUGUUCGCUCCUUUAGGUGACGCCCUCAAGUGUCCGAGCGCCUUUUGCUCCUCCGGGUGGGCUCGCGCCCCUCGUCAGGUGUCAUCUGAUGUCACGGCGAGGAGGCGGGGCCUGGCUGAGCCUCGACGUUCAGUCCGCUGUGGGCCGUCCCGACUUGAAGACGCUCCGCGAGGAAGCCCGGACUGUGUUGGUGGCCAUUGUUUGUGUUCUAGAACACCUCGCUUUUUUGAAGUAGCAAACCUUUAUUUUCUUAUUAAGAGAGGGAGUCCUUGGACGCCUAACGACUGGAUCCAAGUCUGAUUCCUGGGGUGACGAUUCCGUUGGAAAUCGAUUCUCCAUUCAAACUGAUUUUUGCAAUGUUUUAUUUGAUAUCAUAAUUAUAUUGACACUUUUUCAAAACAGGUUACAGCUUAGAAAGAAAUAUUUCUGGUUGUUUGGAGAUGGCCUGAUAUUGUUUUUAUUUUGUUUAUUUAUUUAAAUCGAUUUUUGAAAAUUAUGAAUCCAUUUAAAAUAAGGAUGAACAAGAA